AUGCGCGAGCAUGUACAACGCAUGGAAACAAUAAAUCUCUGGACUGCGGCAUCUCAAAAGGCGGCAGCUAUUGACAAUGAUACGUCUCAGUUCCGAAAAAAUAGUGAAUUGCUGGAUCAUGCAAAACGACAAUAUCCGGAAAAGGAGCGAGCCAUCUACCGAGCGGUGUCUCUGCUUCGCCAAUCCGAUAGACAUCUCUAUGACAAGGUGAGGCGUGAUCCCACCUGGUUCAUGAAUGAAGGCUUGAUUCAAGACUGCUCGGACCAAGGCGGAUGUUGUAGCCGGCAAUGUGGAUGCUGCGCGAAAAGGCAUCUUUAUGGUGCUGAGAAGGGUGCAGGCCACUGCACUCCAGAGUGCUGGUGCUGUAUCAGCGAUCGCGGAUUUGUCUUUUCGGAAGAAACGAAGAAGGAAAUCAGAGAUGAUAUGAUGCUCAGGCUUGGAGUAGACGGAAGUUACCGUUCUGCUUCGCCGUAUCUUCUGAACAUGGCGACAUGGAAUUUCCUUCCUCCCAAGGCUAAGAAAGCCCGCUGA